CCGAAGAAAAGAAUAUUUCAUCAGUUGCCAAAAUAUUGACUGGCAAUGAUAUUUCACCAAUCACCAAAGUAUUAACCGACACAAAUCUUUUACUUGUAAUUUUCUCUCAUCUCUCAAAAAAAUCACUUCACGUCACUAAAAAAGUGUGUAAGCAAUGGCGUCAACUCGUGAAUCUUGUCAUUAAUAUUAAUGUUAAUGAUAAGAAUGUCAGUUCCGAAGUUGGAUGUCUUCGCGAAGAGUUGUUUGACCUCUGGUCAAAGAAUGUUCAUUUAGAAGAAAUGAAUGUAAAAUAUGAGAGUAAAAUACAUAAUCUGGAAGCUGAGUUGGAAGAUGAAAAGAAAAAUAAUGAGAAAUUGACGGAACAAAUUGAUGAAUUACGAGAACAAACCAAAACGUUUAAAACUCGCUCACAUAAUCUCCAAAAAAUCGGCAAGAUUACCCAACAACUCGAGCAAGAAAAAGCAAAACUCGAACAAGAAAAUGCGAGACUCAAAGAUAAAAAUCGUUAUCUCGAAAACAAACUCAAUAAACUUGAACUCGAUGAAUGUCGUCAAUCUUCUUCUAAGCCAACAACACCAGUAAAUAUUAAUGAUGUCUUCGUCGUUCUGGAAAAUUUGAACAAGAUCCCGCCGUCAAAAUACUAUCGACGACACUUGUCGCCGCGUGUCAAAGCGAAAAUCACGCUAAGAAUCGCGACUAAAGCGUAUAUCGAAAUGAAGAAUCAGAAUGGAGUGAAGACGGGAUAUGAGUGGGUUAUUAAGAAACAGGUUUUGGAGCAAUGA